AUGGACCCCACUGUGACCUUCGUCCUCCUUUGCGUGGCAGCCCACACCUGGGCCAUACCCAUCCUGAGUCAUCCCGGGAUGAAUGAAACGAGAAAGAGGUUUGAACGGGAACUGUCAGAAGAAUACUUGUUUCAAAAUGAGAUGACUGCAAUGGACAAAAUCAUGAUGGCAAAUGAGUUCAGAGUGGAGGGUGACGGCUUUAGGGAAGGCGACAUUGCAGUGUCCAAGUCUGGUUCAAGAAGCUGCUUUGCACGGAGCUGCUUGUGGCCCAAAUCUGUGGAUGGUCAUGUGUACAUUGCAUACAUGCUGUCACCAGAGUACACUGACUUGGACCGCAUGACAAUCCAGGAUGGAAUGGAGUCCAUUGAGAAUGGCACUUGCAUACGCUUUGUGCCCUGGACCCACCAGGUAGACUACCUGGACAUCCAGCCCAAGUCUGGGUGUUGGUCUUACCUUGGGGUGCACGGUGGGGCUCAGACCCUGUCCUUGCAAGCCCCCGAUUGCAUCACAUCUGGGGUCACAGCUCACGAGCUCAUGCAUGCCCUGGGAUUUGUGCAUGAGCACUCCCGGGCAGACCGUGACAAAUACAUCACAAUCCAGUGGGCCAACAUCUGGAAAGAGCAUGUGAAGAACUUUGAGAAGUACAGAACAAGCAACCUGGACACUCCUUAUGACUAUGGGUCCAUCAUGCACUUUGGAAAGUAUGCCUACUCUGAGGAUGGCGACCCUACCAUCCUCCCAAAGAAAAACCCCAAUGCCCAGCUGGGUCAAAGGUUCGGCCCCAGCGAAUUGGACAAAUUCAAAAUCAACAAACUCUACAAAUGCGGAGUGUGAACAAGGGACUAGAUGCCAACUAGGCACACAGCG